AUGUAUAAAAAAUUUAUAUUGUUUACUUUGAUUCUAUCUUAUGUCUACACAAGAACAAUUAAGUUGAGAAAAUCAAAAUUAAUACACAUCCCAUUAACUUAAAAAGGUUAAAGAGUUUAAGAUGCUAUAAAAUCAUCAAUAGAAUCAGAUUUACGUAUUUCAUUUGAGUUGAGUCAUGAAGACAAAGAAUAAAUCAAAAAUUAAAAUUUGCUUUUAGAAAAUCUAGAUAGACUUUAAUAUGCAUAUUAAUUAUCAUAUAUUCCAUUGAGGUUUAAAAUAUAUCAUAAAUUUAAUUUAGAAAUUCAUACAAUGCUUAAUAUUUUGGAAAAAUAGAAUUAGGUUAAAAAGAAUAAAAUUUUGAUGUUUUAUUUGAUACAGGUUCUUCUUAUACGUAAUAUAUAUAAAUAAUUUCUAAUUUAGUUGGGUAGCAUCAAAAGACUGUCAUACUUGUUAAUAAGUUGGAGUAAAACACUUCUUUAAUUGUGAAACUUCAGAAAGCUGUACUAAAUUAAAUAAGAAAAUUAAAUUAUAAUAUGGAACAGGGAGAGCUGUAGCAUAAUUUAUGACUGAUAAUUUAAAAAUAGCAUAGCUGUUAAUUUAAAAUUAAACUAUAUUAAUUUUAGAUGAAUUAACAGAAAUAUAAAAUUUUGAAGGUGAUGGUUUAGCAGGACUUGGUUUUAGUACAUUAAGUGAUGGAUAUCCAACACUUAUUGAUAAUCUUUUUACUUAAAAUUUAAUUGAUAAAAAGGUUUAUAAAUUUUCUAUUUUAGGAAUUUUCAAUUUAUUUAACAGAUGUAGAAAAUAAGAAUGAUCUUUAAUCUAAAUUAAUAUUGGGGGGUAAAUAAGAUGAUUUAAGUGAUCAUGAUGAUUAAUGGCAUUAUUGUGAUGUUAUAAACAACAACUAUUGGGCUAUAUUAGGAGAUCAUAUAUCAUUUGUAUCUAAGGAUGGCAAAAAAAGAAGAUCAUUAAAAUCUAUUUAACCUGUUCAUUAUUCAGCAGAUGAAAAGUCUGAUAUUUUAUAUACAUCUCUUUUUGUUAUUGAUUCAGGAACAUCACUUAUAGUUUUAUACUAAAAAGAUCAUGAGAGACUCGUUGAAUAUUUGAAUGAUUUUGGAAUCGAAUGUUUUGAUAGUAUUUAAUAUGAAGGAAUAACAGAAUGUAAUUAACCUAAUAUAGAUGAAUAUCCUAAUUUUGAAAGUUUAUAUUUUUAAAUUAUUCUAUUAGUAUCUUUAUGUGGCAAAUUGUUUACAAUCCCUCCUGAGAAAUAUUUAUUAUGUUCAUUCUUUGAAUGCUAUUUAAUGAUAACACCAUUUGAUGAAAAAGUUUCAAUCUUAGGAGAUCUAUUUAUGAGAGAAUAUUAUACUCAUUUUAUAGAAGAAGUAUAUAUAUUAGAGAAUAUUAGACACCUAGAAAGAUUGGUUUCAUUAGAGCUGUAUGA